UCAGAGUGGGCGGAGCCGCCCGCCGGCACCUGCGCGUUAAGAGUGGUCCGCGUCGCCGCGGGGUAGUGAUGCGGCCUCCGGCGAUGAGGUCGCGGCCGGCGGGACCCGCGCUGUUGCUGCUGCUGCUCCUCCUCGGAGCGGCCGAGUCGGUGCGUCGGACCCAGCCUGCGCGCCGCUACACCCCAGACUGGCCGAGCCUGGAUUCUCGGCCGCUGCCGGCCUGGUUCGACGAAGCCAAGUUCGGGGUGUUCAUCCACUGGGGCGUGUUCUCGGUGCCCGCCUGGGGCAGCGAGUGGUUCUGGUGGCACUGGCAGGGCGAGGGGCGGCCGCAGUACCAGCGCUUCAUGCGCGACAACUACCCGCCCGGCUUCAGCUACGCCGACUUCGGGCCGCAGUUCACCGCGCGCUUCUUCCACCCGGAGGAGUGGGCCGACCUCUUCCAGGCCGCGGGCGCAAAGUAUGUAGUUUUGACGACAAAGCAUCACGAAGGCUUCACCAACUGGCCGAGUCCUGUGUCUUGGAACUGGAACUCCAAGGAUGUGGGGCCUCAUCGGGAUUUGGUUGGUGAAUUGGGAACAGCUCUCCGGAAGAGGAACAUCCGCUAUGGACUAUACCACUCACUCUUAGAGUGGUUCCAUCCACUCUAUCUACUUGAUAAGAAAAAUGGCUUCAAAACACAGUAUUUUGUCAGUGCAAAAACAAUGCCAGAGCUGUACGACCUUGUUAAUAGCCAUAAACCUGAUCUGAUCUGGUCUGAUGGGGAGUGGGAAUGUCCUGAUACUUACUGGAACUCCACAAAUUUUCUUUCCUGGCUCUACAAUGAUAGCCCCGUCAAGGAUGAGGUGGUAGUAAAUGACCGAUGGGGUCAGAACUGUUCCUGUCACCAUGGAGGAUACUAUAACUGUGAAGAUAAAUUCAAGCCACAGAGCUUGCCAGAUCACAAGUGGGAGAUGUGCACCAGCAUUGACAAGUUUUCCUGGGGCUAUCGUCAUGACAUGGCAAUGUCUGAUGUUACAGAAGAAUCUGAAAUCAUUUCGGAACUGGUUCAGACAGUAAGUUUGGGAGGCAACUAUCUUCUGAACAUUGGACCAACUAAAGAUGGACUGAUUGUUCCCAUCUUCCAAGAAAGGCUUCUUGCUGUUGGGAAAUGGCUGAGCAUCAAUGGGGAGGCUAUCUAUGCCUCCAAACCAUGGCGGGUGCAAUGGGAAAAGAACACAACAUCUGUAUGGUAUACCUCAAAGGAAUCAGCUGUUUAUGCCAUUUUUCUGCACUGGCCAGAAAAUGGAGUCUUAAACCUUGAAUCCCCCAUAACUACCUCAACUACGAAAAUAACAAUGCUGGGAAUUCAAGGAGAUCUGAAGUGGUCCACAGAUCCAGAUAAAGGUCUCCUUAUCUCUCUGCCCCAGUUGCCACCCUCUGCUGUCCCCGCAGAGUUUGCUUGGACUAUAAAGCUGGCAGGAGUGAAGUAAUCAUUUGAGUGCAAGAAGAAAGAGGCGCUGCCCACUGUUUUGCUGCCUCAGUUUUCCUCUUGUAGUACCAUCACUAUAAUCAACGAACUUCUCUUCUCCACCCAGAGAUGGCUUUUCCAACACAUUUUAAUCAAAGGAACUGAGUACAUUACCCUGAUGUCUUAAUGGACCAAAGAUCUGAGAUCUAUUGUGAUUAUAUCUGUAUCAGGUCAGCAGAAGAAGGAACUGAGCAGUUGAACUCUGAGUUCAUCAAUUCUAGUAUUUGGAAAUUGCCUACAGUGGAAUUUUCCCUCUGUCCUCUGAUAACCUACUUGCUUACUCAAUGCCUUUAAGCCACAUCACCUUGUUGCCUAUGGGAAGAGGUGGAAAGGAUUUGACAAGCUCAACCGCAUGCUGUUUAGUUAGCAUCAGUUGUCACCAACACUCUUUCUGCAAAGGGCCGGAGAGCUUUGGGGGAAAAGAAAAGGCUUACCAGGCUGCCAUGGUCAACUCUUCAGAAAUUCCCAGAGCAAUCUAAGAGCGCCAAAGUUUGCUGUGUUUACAGUGAUACUAUUAAGAAAAUGAAUGUGAUUCUGCUCUGUCUUUUUAAAAUGAUCAAAUAAAAAAAUUUGUGCAUCACAAUCAUUUCUACCAAAAAAAAUGGUAUAGCUUUCUUUUCCUAGUUUCAGCUUAGACUGCUUAUAGCUUUAUGAUCAGUUUCUGGUUUGUGUGUUUUUUUUUUUAAUCUUGCAAAAUCUCCUUAACGCUGAACAAAAAAUGUAAUUCCUGUGUUUUUUCUGCUUCUCACUUCUAAUACCAUUCUUCUGAGUUGACUACCAGUUCAGCCUCUUUGUUAGAGAUCUAAUCAAGUUUUCUAUUUAAUUUUUCCUUAAUAGAUAUGUUUAGAAAUCUUGUUUUGUUUUGAGGCAGAGUCUUGCUCUGUUGCCCAGGCUGGAGUACAGUGGUGUGAUCUCAGCUCACUGCAGCCUCCACCUCCCAGGUUCAAGUGAUCCUCCCUCCUCAGCCUCCCAAGUAGCUGGGACUAUAGGCACACACCACCAUGCCCAGCUAAUUUUGUUUUAUUUAUUUUUUUUGUAGAGACGGGGUUUCACCAUGUGGCCCAGGCUGGCCUCAAACUCCUGGGCUCAAGUGAUCCACCUACCUCACAGCCUCCCAGAGUGCUGGGAUUACAGGUGUGAGCCACCACACCCAGCCAAGUAGAUGUAUUUAGAAAUCUUUACCCAACAUUUAAGGAAUAUAUGUUUUUCUCAAGCACAUAUGGAACAUUUGCAAAUCUCAAAUACCAAAGAAGCAGCAUCAUAUAAGCUGUUUAGUGUGUCUACAGUAUAAUUAAAAAACAAUAACAAAAACUUGGAGAAGAAAAAACUAUGUUUGUAAAUGUUAAAAUGCACUAACUCAUUGUGUUACUGAUUCAUAAAUUUAUGGAUUGUGCCAUGAGAUAUAAGAAUUCCAAAUAUGUAGUUCUGGUGAGGCAAAUGAAGCCUGGUUGUGAAAGAAAAAAAGUAGACAUUAGUGUAAGUAGAUUAGCACAGCCAAUUUUAAUUAGAUCGCUUUCUGCCCAGACUUAGAGAGCAAGUUGAUGAUAAUAAUAUUGCUUAUAUGGUUCUUCACAGUCUUAAAGCAACUUCAUGCACACUUCUAAAAAAAAAAAUACUGGGAAUGAUAGUAACACUAUAUAUUGAACCUUAUAAGAUGUAGCUUUAAAAAUAAAAGUACUUUAGGAAAA